CGACAUUGACGUUUGGUUUCAUUGGUUUGCUUCAAGUUCUAAUUAUUCAUUAUUAUUUUUUAGGUAUUUCUGUGAUUUAUCACUGUCCUUUGUGUAAUUUAAGUGCCUUUUACCAGUGUAGGCAAAGCAUGUAAUCAUGGAUGUUUUAUACGACGAUUUAGAGAAUUACGAUGACGUUGAAGCACUGAACAGGCUGAAAACUGAAAAUUCUGACCUGAAGCACAAACUAGAAUGUUGCAAUGCGGCCAUGCAAAAGUUGCAAACAAGCAUUUUGCAGGAUUUUGAUAAGCUGGAAGCAGAGUUCAAGAGAUUAGAAUCAAAUUAUUCUUCCCUGCUGAAAAUUUCAAGAGCUGAGAUACAGAGGAAGACUGAUAUGAUCACGAAUCUUAAUAUUGAGAAAGACUUGUUAAUAAUAAAAGCAGUUCAAAAUGGGCCUGCACAUAAAGUUCAAGACCUGAUAAGGAAUGUGCGUGAAGAAACUGAAUUAAAGCGCAAAAAGAAAACACAGAACAAAGUAGUAGCCCCAAAAGGAAGGGAAGAAUUUAUAAGGAGAAAAAGUAGCCGCCCACACUCACCCACAACUAGUUCAACUGCAACAGACAAUUCAUAUAAGAUGAUAGGCAACGAAAUAGUUGCCGAUAACAACAAAUCUAGUAGAAUGGAUACACAAGAAAAUGAGCUACAGAAACAUGAGGUGUUUCCAGUCGAUCAACCUUUAUCUCCCGUUGCGGACAAACGGGUCUCUGCAUUGUCUCGUCCCCAUCUUGCAAAGUUAAGCUCUGAUGAAGAAUUUGAAGAUAUGUAUUCUGCAUUGAAACCAAAAGCAUCUAGGGAAUCUGAAAAAACCCGCAAAAGGGGUCGAGACGAUUCUCAAGAUGGGAAGAUUUUAUAUAACAGUUCUCAUGAUAGGCCCUUAAACUAUCCUGAUUUGUCAAGAGAACGAUUUAACAGAAAUAGAGCUGGCAGAUUUUCUGAUACUGAAAGAAUUACUAGAGAAAAACAGCAUAGUGAACCCGACAGAAAUAUCAAUAGGGGUAAACACCAUUUUGAUAGAUACAGAAAUUUUAAUGAUUUGCAACACAAUAGAUUUAGUCCUGAAAGACAUCGUCGGGGCGCAAAAGAACUUGGGGAUAGUCGUUACAGGAAUAGGCGGUUGGAAAGCCCACCAAGGGAGAGGUAUCACUUGGAAAGCCCUCCCAGGGAGAGAUUACGCCUGGGAAGCCCUCCACAAGAAAGACAAGCAUUACGUAAAAGGAUUGGCGAGCGCCGAAAGUCUUACCACGGGCGGACGGGCAACAACCCAGAGAUACACUCGGUCAUACAUAACAUUCAUGGUGAAUAUGAAGAACCACAAAAUAAGAGACCUAGAAUUGAACCAUACCCUGUUCCUCAGGAAGAGAAAAGGCCAAACGAAGAGCAGUAUCAUAAUGAAUCACAGCCGCCGAACAUGGGAAGUCGCACAUGUCGGUCGCCAGUUUUUUCACACACGGAAGAAUCCUCCAAUGAACCCGCAACAGCCCAGAGUGAAACCAGAAGCACGACUUCGUCUGUCUUUGAGGAUCCCAGGUUAAGCAGUGACAGAUAUGUCAAGUGCUCAGAAGGCACGAAGCAUAUAUCACAGUCUGCCAAUGCUAAUGAAAUAUAUUUGCAACCCGUUGACAAAUCCCUUUGGGACUUUGAAGAAGUCCAGGUGCCAAAAGCUUUAAGAUCUAAACCUUUAGAAAUCAGCGAAGAACUUGUUGAUAAAAUAAUUAUAGAUAAACCUUUAUCUUCAAUAUCCAUGGAAUCCGGUGAAAUACGUUCUGAUACUGAAACACCUUUGGAUAUUUAUGAUUUUCAAGAAUUUAAUAAACAAAUCGGUAAUAGUGUUCCUGAUAUAAAUGAAAGUCAAAAAGCUAAAAUUAAACCUUACAAUGAAAAAUCGCCCGUUGAUAAUAAUAUGCUUGACGACAUUGGAAAAAGAAGUGAUACAAUCAUUAAGGGUACAAAAACUACAAAACUCAAAGUAGCAAAGAAGGAGAAGGCGAACAAUCAUAAAGCAGCCGAGACAAUGAUGUCAACUUCUAAAGAUAGUCAUAAAGUUGAUACAACAAUGCAUUGUGACAACAUUAAAUUACCAAGCGUACUGCACAAGCUGAUUCAUUCUAUGAAUGAAGAACGACCUGAUGGAGAUAAUUCUGUUAAGAACAGUAAGGUAGAAAAGGAACCUAAACGAAUCGCCGCAUCCAGGAUAUCUAAUAAGUCUGAAAAGUCAAAAGCAAAAACUAAAGAUGACAGAGAAAAUCAAAAUGAGUCAAACUUAAAGACUGAUAAAAACAAGGCAGAUAAACUUGAAAAAGGAUCAGAAAAAGAGCCUAAACGAAACGCCGCAUACAGGAUACCAAAUAAGUCUGACAAGUCAGGUUCAAAAACUAGAGAUGACAGAGAUAAUCGAAACGAGUCAGACUUAGAGACUGACAAUAACAAGACAAAUAAACUUGAAAAUGGACCAGAAAAAGAACCUAAACUAAUCGCUGCAUACAGGAUACCAAAUAAGUCAGACAAAUCAGGUUCAAGAACUAGAAAUGACAGAGAGAAUCAAAACGAGUCAGACUUAGAGACUGAUAACAACAAGACAGAUAAACUUGGAAAAGGAUCAGAAAAAGAACCUAAACAAAUUGCUGCAUACAGGAUACCUAAGAAGUCUGAAAAGUCGGGUUCAAAAACUAGGGGUGACAGAAAAAAUCAAAACGAGUCAGACUUAGAGACUGACAACAACAAGACAGAUAAACCUGAAAAAUUAUCAGACAAAGAACCCAAAAGAAUUACUGAGUUGGAGUUGUCAGGUAAGACAGAAAAGGUAAGGUUAAAAACUACCGACAAAAAUGUACCUGAAGUGAAGGAAACGGAUAAUCUUGAAAAAGUAACCGAAAGAGAUACAGAGAAGAAGAUCAAACGCAUCGUAGAGUCUAAGGCAUCCGAUAGAAACGAGAAAGCAAGUUUAAAAACCAAUGAAAUAGAACAUAAAAAUGUGUCUGAUAUGAAGGUCAAAGAAAAACCUGUAAAAGAAACUGAAAAUAAUGUAUCAGUAUUUCGCGAAUUUGAACAUAGAGUUUACUCCAGGCAUAUUGUCGAAGGCGAUUUAGAGCUAAGCGAUGAAAGUAAUGAUGAAGCACAACUUGAAUUAGAAGAUAAAAUUGAGGAGAAAAAGAAGAUAUCCUCCAAAAGCAAAUCUCAUCGAGAGGCAUCCAAAGAUAAGAGUGUCAAUUCGGAAGAAACAACUAGGAAAACUAGAUCUCAAAAAGAUAGGGAGAAAGAAAGAAAGUCCAUUAACAAAUUUAGUGAAUUGUUUGGUGACAGCAGUAGUUUAAUAACUCCAGAGGACCUGAACCUUGCCACUCGCACGGCGCACGGGCUGCCAGCUGACUGCUGCCCGCCCGCCGCCGAGGAGGCGCAAGAUGCUAUCAUUGAACAUGAAAGUCCAGUCAAAGCACAAACGACAGAAAUGUACCCUAAAGACUUUAAAGAAAGUUUAGCAAAGUCCACUGUUGUUGAUGAUAAAUUUAAAAUCAAAGACAGAACUCGUACAAAACAUAAACAAAAUAAGGAUGACUACACGGAACAGGUCAGUGACGUAAGGACACAAGUAGUUACUAUUACUGAAAGUUGUUCAAUGUCAGAAGGAAAUCUUAUGCCAAAUACAAGUAAUUAUACAAACCAAAAGGAAGUUUCGAAACUGAAUGAAAAAGUUAAGGAGUCGUCAAAAAGUUAUAAAAGACCUAAAACCAAAGGUGAAAAGAAAUUGUCAGUUAGUGAACACACGAAAGAGAUCAAUACCAAUAACUUUUAUAUCUCGGAGCAAAAUUCAAACAACUCGCCAACUAUGAGCGAUAAUAAAGAGAAUUCCAGCAGCAAUGGUAACUCGGAAAGAAAUAUCAGUAACGAAAUGGCAAGAAUUUUUGAGAAUCCAAUAGUCUCUAGUAAAAUAUCGUCGAUCAAUGCCAGCGAGACUAAUAAGGAAAGGCCACAGUUAAAUGACUCCACAAAAGAAACCAACUGUAGUAGUGUUGUUCAAGAUGUUCCAAAUCUGGCCCCAGUAGUAGAAGAACCGGGAUUAGUGACAACAGUUGUGAUAUCAACGGGUGUUCAACCUUUAGAUUCAAACUCAGCGCAAUAUGUUACGCCAUUUAGUGCUCUGGCCUCAUCUACUCCAGCCAAGGAUUUAUCUGCUAUAAAUAUUUCCUCCGAAAUAGAGUCAAAUGUCAGCCACUCGGCGCAAGUAAGUGUGACGAUAUCAAGAGAUGAUUCAGGCUCUCAGUCUGAAGAUGUACCUGAUAUGAGAAUAACUUGUUACAGAAGACGAAGAAGAGUGCUAAAGAGAUAAUUUGUUGGGAUUAAGUUUGUAAAUAUUUGCGUUAUAUUAACAAAUAAUAAUAUUCGUGUGUAUGUUGUAUACACUCACGCCUGUCAAGUAAAUAUUUUACCAAAAAACUACCAGAUAUCAAUAUUAUAUUUUAAGAUGAGUGUGACACGCGGGAUCGUUCCCCGUACACUUAAAGAUCUCAUUAUAAAAUGACUUCGCUAUCUGUUCACAAUAUCAAUGUGUGUUUAAAUUGAUUUGAAUAUUCUAAUUCUGUGGCCCUAGUGAAUAAGAGUACAAGUCUCGGGCAGCGCAGUUGUAAAAAGGCGUAAGUUCCACGUAACACUGCCCUUUUUUAAACCUAAUCUGCGCGAGACCUGUACCCUUUUUCACUAGGGCGGUAGGGCCACAGAAUUGUAAAUAUUAGCUUAUAAAUGUAUAUAUUUAUUUGUUUUAAAUUCUGUAAGACCAAUUUCACAUAUAUUUAUUUUUGAUUUUGACUUUUUUUAUUAUAGUUUUGGUGUCGAUCUGUAUACUCUAAUCACAUUGUCAAAUAAAUGAUUAUUUGGAAAGAGUCUGAACAUAUAUUCUACUUCGUUGGAACAUAUCAACGGAUGAUGUGAUGUGAGCAAGCUCAACUUGGAUUAGUGUUCUUCUAUAAACCCUAAGUUUCCGACUUCUAAAAAGUCAUUGCUGUCACUGUCAUUUAACAAGCAUCUUACAACCUUAAGUUUUUUAAGGUUGAACAUUUCUUAAAAUUAAAAUGAUGAGAGUCAAUGAGUCAGGUUUUAUUUCUUAGCUGUCUAGGAAUGUAAAUAUUCCACAUAAUACAUACAUAAUAUAAUUCUACAUGUAUUUAUAGUUUUUGUAAUUUAAAAAAAACAAAACUACUUGGUAAUUUUUAAAUGAAAAAUAUAUUUAUAAAAAAAAAGUCGUCAGGGACCUUUUGCAUAGUAAGGAUAAGGCCAGCAUUGAUGUUUUGUAUGAAAAACCGCAUGACUUAUUGGCUUGUUAUCAUAAUACCUACUGACCGCAGAUUUUUACAAAUUGUGUAAUGUAAUAACGAAAAGCUUUCAAGUCGCCUGUUACAAGGAACUCAUUUUACGACUCGCAUCGUACUUAGUCAGAAGAAGAAGCAUGGGCCAUGAUAAAAUCAUUUUUUUUUUCACUGGUUUUUUUAUUUUGAUUGUAAGGGUGAAGGGGUACCAUGUAUUCGUUUGGAA